GGCUGUGGGGUUACCUUCUCUUCCUUCCUCCUGCCACCCCAAGUCGUCUGAGUUGCGUGUUUACUCAGUGGUAGAGCACGUUGGCCUGGAUCUCAAGCUACCCACGUUCUAGUCCUGCUCUGUCAUUUUCUAGAGCUGUGGCCUCAGAUCUCUCCCUGGUGCCACAGCAGCUGAGUGUGCAUCAAAUCUGAAGAAAAUCUACACAGUACAAACAGUACAGAUAUUCUGGAGUGUAUACAAUAACAUUCCUCCUGUGACUAGCCUGCCUCUGAGAUGUAGUUAUCAUUUAAUGAGAGGAGAGAGGCGACCACUCUGGGAAGAGGAGAGUAACGCAAAGGGUGGCGUGUGGAAGAUGAAAGUUCCCAAGGACAGCACGUCCACAGUUUGGAAAGAGUUGUUGUUAGCGACUAUCGGGGAACAGUUCACAGAUUGUGCUGCUGCAGAUGACGAAGUAAUAGGAGUUAGUGUCAGUGUUCGGGACCGGGAAGACGUAGUCCAAGUCUGGAAUGUAAAUGCCUCUUUAGUGGGCGAAGCAACUGUUCUAGAAAAGAUCUAUGAACUUCUGCCUCACAUAUCUUUUAAAGCGGUAUUUUAUAAACCCCAUGAAGAGCAUCAUGCUUUUGAAGGUGGACGUGGAAAACACUAAUUGCACUCUGUAAAGAAUUCUUUGUCCUUUGCUGAUUGGUUUUGGAAACGGUCUUAACAGGAGGGAGAGUGAAGAGAAGACUUGCCGAAGUCCGAUGCUGGUCAAUUUAGAGUGGGUUUCUGUCCUUGCAGACUGGGCAAUUAGGAUUCAAAGUGGCAGGUGGGGUCGGGGGGCGAUUGUAUGGGUUUCUACCGUCACAUUACUUGCGCUUUUUUUUUUUCUUUCUAAAUUCUCUGUCCUUUUUACUCCAAUUUUUCCCCCUUUUAAAUUCCUUAUUCAAUCUAAUUAUGGUUUUCUACACUCCCCUUUCAUUGAGGCACAAGAAAUCGGUUUCCCUUUAAGUAGCUCUGCUGUACCUAGUUAAUGAGAAUAUUCGUAAUCGUGACAAUGCUGCUUUUGAAAAUCCACACUGUACUCGGAGGAAUACUAGCUGGUGAAACCUGUCUUGAUUAUUUGUUGUGACACAUUCCUACAUACUAUGCACCGGGCAUUGUUUUUUCUGCCCCAGGGAAAAGAAAAACCAUACUUAAUCAGAUUUUGCACUGACAGCUCACACAUCUUUUAUUUUUCCUUUUUAAAAUGUAUUUUUUUUUUUUUUUUUUAUCUAUAAGAGGAAAAUAAUAGUUGGGUUGCCUAACAUAAAAACUAUAAUCAUAGUUGAGGAUCAGGAUAUAAAUGAAACUCUAGGUUUUGGACUCUGUCAACAUACUUCUAACCAGAAUUUCAAUUUAGCCUUUUCAAAGGAAGCUUUAGAGUAGUAGGAAGGGAUUUCUCCAAAUAGGAAACCUUACAUUUCUGAUUGAAAGAGGAGGUAAUAUUUUAAUUGUUUGAAUUAAGAUUCUUCUGAAUUUUGGGUGUCCGUACACCCUUAAGACUUCCCACAUCAAUUUGAACACAUUUUGUUAAAUGAUCUUUUUCCUGCUUACAUUGUAUAUCAUUUCCAAUAAUCCCAUAGUCCUCCAAGUGGGGCAGAUUUUGCCUGCCUUUUUCAUAGAGGAACAAGAAGUUAAAUCUCAUUUCUAGGAUGAAGGUGAACAUUCACAAAGUGGAAUUUUGAGUGCAUUCUGUUCAUAUUAAUUAUUGAAAUUGUUAACAUAUAAUUAAUAUAUUAUGUUACCAAAGAAAUACUGAUUUUAGUAGGAGGAAAUAGCCACCCUCUGAAACACAGACUUGCUCAAAAUGUGCCGAAUUUAUUCCUUGAUUCUGCAAAGCCCCCUACUGCUCUGCAUGAAAAGGGCAGAGUCAUUUGAAGAUGCUUCCUCCUGCUGGCGUUUUUUUCAGAGCUGGGGAACUAGUGCAUGCUUGUACAUUUUUCAAAAGGGCCGAGCUCUCAGAACUUCACUGUGCCCUGGAUUUUAAUUCCUCUUGUAGUGUGGACCAGCAGAGACAGGUGGAGCUAUUUCAAACCUCUAACCUGUGUUUGUAAAUAAUAUUCUUCAAACAUUUUAAAGGAGUUUCAACAAUAUCUAUUUAUAAAAGCUGUGCCCUUCACUCAUUAUUAACCACAUCAACCAUAAUAACAAUGACCAUAGUUUUUUUUUUAAAUGCUUUGUUUCUAAACUUGAGUUUUUCAGUCAUUUCAAAAUGAGUUAUAAGGAUAUCCAGACCCAUUUUUCAAAAGCCUGGAACUUACUUCUUUAAAUAUUGUACUAACAUCCAACUUGUUUUCAAAUUAUUCAUCAAAGAUUUAAAAAAGGUAUUCUGGACAUGAAUUAAAAUUCUUUUUGAUAUAUAAGUAUUUUUCUGAUCAAUUAGAAAAAGGAUAUAAUUGACUUAUCUUCAUUAUAAUUGUCAAAUAUAUUUCCAUAACUAAAUGGACUUUGAAGUAUUUUUAUUUUUGAACUUUAUUUAAAAGCAUUGUAAUGACAUGUUCAACUUUUGCAUGUAUGUAGCCUUUGAAGUAAAAGUAAAAUAAAAUAAACAGGAAUGUUAGGCUCA